AUGUCUGAUGCCGAGGGUUUCGAAGUUGUCCAGCCUGAGGAGGCUCCUGCCGAAAAGCCUCAGUCGCCUGCCCCCGCUGCCCCCGCUGCUGCCCCUGCUGCCGCCGGCGCAGCGCCGCCCGUCAAGAAGCCUGCUGCUGCCAAUGGCCCCAAGGCUGCGGGUACUGCAGCCCCAGCGAGGAAGCCAGCUACUGCGACGACCACAACGGCUGCGCGACGUCCCGGCACGACUUCUUCCACCGCCACAAAGCCUACCGCGAGCUCAGCUCGUUCGAGCGCUGCGGGCGGUGGACUGAGCAAGCCACCUACACGUCCGCCAGCAGGUUCGACUGCCGCCAAGCGGACCUCGACAACAGGGACAUCAUCUACGCAGCGCUCUCAUGCAUCGGCUUCCGAGGACGAAAAGAGCCGCAGGACCUCGACUCUCGGUACGGCUGCCCGCCGCACUUCGACCUUGUCCAGCGCAACCUCCGCCAGCUCGCCCGGCACGAAGCCAAAGCCCGCGGCUAGUUCAACAACCACGACGACGACCAGGAAACCAGCGGCAACAGCGGCGGCAUCUCCAAGCGUUACUUCGCCGACGUCUUCAUCGAGACCGAGCGCGACCAAGCCUGCGGGCCACACCAAGGAUUCGAGCAUCAGUUCGACCAGCACAUCACGCACUGUGACAAAGCCAGCUGCUACCGGUGCCGUGGCAGAGGCCAAGAAGCGCCUGUCGACCCUUGCUGGCAGUUCCUCGACCGUUAGCGCACCGACGAAGCCUGCAGCUCGCCCGCCCUCCACGUCCAGUGCCAGUGCUGCCGCCGCCGCCGCGGAGUCUGCCAAGGAGAUCGAGGAGCUCAAGACCAAGCUUGCAAACAGUGAGACGGAAAUAACCACUCUCAAAUCGCAGAUUUCCUCGUCCGAGGAGAAGAUCGCUGAGCUUACUGAGAAAAUCAGUGCAGCAGCACCCCCUGAGGCCGGCGCUGACGACUCUGCCCACAAGGAGCUGGCUGAUGAGCUGGAGAGCGUCAAGGAGAAGCACAAGGCUGAGGUGGAGGCUCUCGAGGCCCAGAUCACGGACGCCCAAGCAAAGCUCCAACAAUCCGAAGAGCAGCUUGAGAAGCAGAAAGCAGAGCUGUCCGAGCUCACAGCUGCGAAGGAGGCCACUGAUGCCGAGGUCGCCUCCCUCAAGGAGGCCCUCGAGUCUGUCAAGGCCGAGCAUGAUGCCCGACUCAGCGAGACCGAGGCCAAUCUGAGCAAGGCCACCGAGGAGCAUGCGUCAAAGCUGGAUGCACUGCAGCAAACACUCAACGAGCAGCACAAGGACGCUAUAACUGCGCUCGAAUCGAAGCACGCCGAAGAACUCGAACUGGGCAAGGCCACCUCGGGUGAUCAUGAGAAGGCUCUUGCGGACCAGAAAGCUAGCCAUGAGGCUGCGCUGGCCGAGCUCCAGGCUAAGAUCGAUGAUUUGACCGCAUCCCAAGCUGCAUUGGAGAGCGCCCACGAGGCCAAGGUCUCUGAUGAGAGCGCAGCAACCGCUGCUCAGAUCUCCGCGCUCGAGGCCGAAAUUUCAGAGCUCAAGGCCAAGCUUGAGACCGCCGAGACGAGUGCGAGCAGCGUCAAGGCUGAGCUGGAGGCCAAGGCUGGCGAAAUCCAGUCCUUCGAGGAGCGGAUGCAAAGCAUGGAGGCCCAGCUGAAGGAGGCCCAGGAGACGGCUAGCAAGGCACAGGGGGCCAUCUCUAAGCUCGAGGAGGACAUGAAGACAAAGGAUGCGGAGAUUGAGAAGCUGCAGUCGGAGCACGCUGCUAUCGAAGACAAGCACAACCAGCAUCUCAAGCAAAUCACCACGGACUACGAGAACGAGAUCAACAGUUUGCAAGGCGAGGCUAUGUACAAGCGCAAGUACGAGGAGCUCGAGACCAAGCACAACGAAUUGUCAGAGACCCAUGCCGCUGCCGUCGAGACUCACACCAAGGCUCUGGAGGAAAUCAAGGGCCAGCACGGUGCCACCUCCACUGCUCUAGAGACGGCAAAGGCCGAGCACGCCAGUGCCGUCGCCUCCUUGGAAGCGAAGGCAGAAGAGCACCAGAAGUCCCUUGAUGCUCUUCUGGCUAACCAUGCCAUGGAGCUGGAGGCCGCGAAGAGCGGUGUUUCUGCAGAGCGAGAGUCUCUACUGGGAGACCUGGAGGGUUUGAAAUCCAGCCACACCCAGCAAAUCGAGAUACUGAAGAGCGAGUCCGAGGCGACUCUCGCAAAGGAACUGGAAGCUCUGAAGGCCUCACAUGCGGAGAUCAUUGACGCCCUGAACGAGAAGAGCGCGUCCGAGAAGCAGCAGCUGCUUGCCGCACAUGCCGAUGAGCUUAAAGCGACAAAGUCUGCCGGCGAGGGAGCACAAGAGGCCCAGCUGGCCCAGCUUGCCCAGCUCGAGCAGGAACUCAAUGCCAAGCAUUCUACGGAGCUGCAGAGUGUGUCCAAGCAGUUGCAGGAGCUAGAGGCUGAACUCAACGCCAAGCAUGCUACGGAGGUGCAGGGCUUGUCCAAGCAGCUGCAGGACCUGGAGGCCGAACUCAACUCCAAACACGCCUCAGAGCUUGAGAGCCAUAUAGAGCAAGUCAAGAAGGGACUGUCCACCCAGCACGCCGCGGAUCUGGAUCAGCUGAAGAAGGAGCUUGAGACCGCGCAGUCAUCUACAGAAGAGCUUGCUGCUCUCAGAGCCAAGUUGAGCGAGAUGGACGAGCACCAUGCUGCCAGCCUCGAGGCCACGAAGAGAGAGCUCCAGGCAUCCCACUCUGACGAAGUCGAGAAGCUGAUCGAGGCCAACGCAGCAGCCAUCGAGAGGCUGAAGAGCGAGCAUGCUGGCGGAGCCGCAGACGUCAAGUACGAGAUGGAGAGCUUGAAAGAGCAGCACGAGAAGGCCAUCUUGGAGCUCAAGAACCAGCAUGCUUCUGCGCUGGAAGCCCAGCUCACACAGUCCAAGUCUGACCUCGAGAAUGCCCUCGCGGCAGUCAAGUCGCAAAUGGCCAAGGCAGAGGAGGAGAUCGACGACCUCAGUGGAAAGCUCGCAAAUGAGAAGUUUGCCAGAAUCCAGGCCGAGGCUGACCUCGACGCAAACAGACAGCCCAAGACUCCCGACACGGCGGAGCUGGAAGCUGUGAAGGAGGAGCUCGCCAAGUACAAGAAGGCGUACGAUGAGGCCGUGGCCGCUACCCAGGCCAAGUCCGCCAAGGCCUCAGAUGAGCUCGAGUCACUCAGGGAAGACCUCGAGAUGGUCACCAAGGAGCUCGAGGCGCACAAGCUCGAGGCCUCGGCCAAGGCGAAGACGGCGGAGGCAGACUACAAGGACAUGCACGAGUCGAUGACGGAGAUUCUCAACGAGGCUACGAGCCGGGCUGAGAAGGCGGAAUCGCAGAUCGGGGAGCUGCAGGCGCAACUGAAGGUCAGGGAGGCGGAGCUUGCAGAGGUCAAGACCCUGGCGACGCCCAAGACGCCAGUAAAGACGGGCUUAGCGGCUAGCAGAUUCGCCGAUGACACGGGAGAUGAUGCCGCCGCCGCUGGAGAGACGACUGGAGCCACGGCGGAAGUUCGGCAUGCUGGAGGAUCGCUGCUAACGGAUGUGGCUGUUAAGAUCGCUAGGAUGAGACAUACUUGCGCCUCGCUCGAAUCUCUCGACAGUGAUAUGCGCGAACAAAACCUAAGAAUAUUGCGCAGCAUGGAGGAGGCUACGACCGCCAGGAUCAGCAAUAACGAUGUCAACCAGUUGGCGUAG